AGGGUCCCCCUACCAUGCGUUUUCUUAUUCUCAUCGUCGCAAUUGUGUUGCUGUCAGCCGUGCAUGGCUUCUCGGUAGAGCCACGUCUUGCCGCGUUUGCCGAUGGUGGAGCCGCAGAGCUGGCACAGGAAGCUCGUCAAGCUCGCAACGCCGAGCUGGAAUUUAUCAAACGAUUCCUCCCAGCCAAGGAACGUCGUGCCCCGCUGGAAGGCUUCGAGGACAUGUCAGGAUUCCUGCGCACCAUUGACGGAAUCCAAAAGCCACGUUUUGGUUAAACCUGAUGCUCAGCUCAAUCUGAAAUUUGAAAUUCUCACAAUUUGUUCUCUCUCUCUUUCUCUCUCUUCCUCUGUGUCUGUCGUUUUCUCUGUUCCCUUCUUUCCUUCUCUGUCCUCUUCCCUUGACAUCGGUGCGGCCCCGACACUCUUCGUAUGCAAAAUUAAAGCCAAAAAUAAACGAUGAGCAUUGACAAA